UGUAAAGCGGAGGCCGACUCGGUGGGGUCAUGGCCUCUGCAGGUGUCCCUCCGCGCGUCUCGCUGCCAGAAGCCACCCAGCGAAAGUUGCGGAGGUUUUCAGAGCUGAGAGGCAAACCUGUGGCAGCUGGAGAGUUCUGGGACAUUGUUGCAAUAACAGCAGCUGAUGAAAAACAGGAACUUGCUUAUAAGCAACAGCUGUCAGAAAAGCUGAAAAAAAAGGAGUUACCCCUUGGAGUUCAAUAUCAUGUUUUUGUUGAUCCUGCUGGAGCCAAAAUUGGAAAUGGCGGAUCAACAUUUUGUGCCCUUCGGCAUUUGGAAAAGCUCUAUGGAGAUAAGUGGAAUUCUUUUACCAUCCUAUUAAUUCACUCCGGUGGCUACAGUCAACGCCUUCCAAAUGCCAGUGCUCUGGGGAAAAUUUUCACUGCUUUACCUUUUGGUAACCCUAUUUAUCAGAUGUUAGAAUUAAAGCUAGCCAUGUACAUUGAUUUCCCCUCACAUAUGAAUCCUGGGAUUCUGGUUACGUGUGCAGAUGAUAUUGAACUUUAUAGUAUCGGAGAAUCUGAGUCUAUCAGAUUUGACAGGCCUGGCUUUACUGCUUUGGCUCAUCCUUCUAGUUUGACUAUAGGUACCACACAUGGAGUAUUUGUCUUAGAACCUUCAAAUUGCUUAGAAUAUAGAGACCUUGAAUACAGGUGUUGCCAUCGUUUCCUUCAUAAGCCCAGCAUAGAAAGGAUGCGUCAGUUUGAUGCUGUGUGUAGACCUAGAAAUUUUUUUCAACAGGACUUUUCUUAUGGUGACAUUCCCUCUCUUAAAUUAGAACCUGAGUAUGUCUACACAGACAGCCUAUUUUACAUGGAUCAUAAAUCAGCGAAAAAGUUACUUGCUUUUUAUGAAAAAAUAGGCACACUGAACUGUGAAAUAGAUGCCUAUGGAGACUUCCUGCAGGCUUUGGGACCUGGAGCAACUGUGGAGUAUACCAGAAACACGUCAAAUGUCACUAAAGAAGAGUCAGAGUUGGUAGACUUGAGACAGAGAAUAUUUCACCUUCUUAAAGGGACAUCACUAAAUGUUAUUGUUCUUAAUAACUCCAAGUUUUAUCACAUUGGAACAACCGAAGAAUAUUUGUUUCACUUUACUUCAGAUAGCAGUUUGAAGUCAGAGCUUGGCUUACAGUCCAUAGCUUUUAGCAUCUCUCCAGCAAUACCAGAAUGCUCUGGUAACACAUCCUGUUUCAUUCAAAGUAUAUUGGAUUCACAAUGUUCUGUGUCACCUGGCUCAGUUGUGGAGUAUUCCAGAUUGGGACCUGGUGUUUCAGUUGGGGAGAACUGCAUUAUUAGUGGUUCUUCUAUCAUAACAAGAGCUGUCCUGCCUGCAUAUUCUUUUGUGUGUUCCUUAAGCUUGAAGAUGAAUGGACACUUAAAGUAUUCAACUAUGGCAUUUGGAGUGCAAGACAACUUGAAAAAGAAUGUUAAAACAUUGUCAGAUAUAAAGUCACUUCAAUUCUUUGGCAUCUGUUUCCUGUCAUGCUUAGAUAUAUGGAAUCUGAAAGUUACAGAGGAGCUCUUCUCUGGAAACAAGACAUGUUUGAGUUUGUGGAGUGCUCGUAUUUUCCCAGUUUGUUCUUCUCUGUGUGAUUCAGUUACAACAUCCAUAAAGAUGUUAAAUGCUGUACAAAACAAGUCAACAUUCAGCCUGAAUAACUAUAAGUUGUUGUCCAUUGAGGAAAUGCUUGUCUGCAAAGACGUGGAAGACAUGAUAACCUAUAGGGAGCAUAUUUUUCUAGAAAUUACUAUGAGUGGAAAACAGUCUGAUUUAAAAAUGUCUUAAGUAUUCUAUACUUUGCCUUUCUUGAUUGAGCAAGAUUGCAAAUAUAGGGGUUUUCUGUAGACACUCGUCUGUGUUUUAUUGAAGUCAUUUAAUAAAAAUUGUAUUAACAUAA